AUGGGAGAUACUAUCGCAUUGCCCCCGCUACCACCAAGCAAACGGGAAGGAGUAAGCACGCCGCCAUCGAAACGACAAAAUCGCAAAAGCUUACCAAACCUAAAUGAUCUUGGACAAACUUCAAGGUCACCGUCUCCAUCCAAACUAAACAAAAGAAUUAGCUUCCCAAAUGGAUCAAUGGCAUCUUUGCUUAGCGAAGAAGACGAAAUACGAUCAGCUCUAUCAUCACCCAAUUUGACUCCAACUCAAUUGCGUCAAAUCUCAAAAAGUCCACUAGCCAAGAGACUUCACAUAGUUUCCUCGAGCCCAAAUGCUAAGAAAUAUGUUAUCCCAGUACCAUUGACCUUAAAGCUCCCACCAAAGUUGAGCUCAAACCCAAACCCAAACUCAAACUCAAACUCAAGCCCAAGCUCAAGCCCAAAGUCAAAUUCAAACUCAAGUCCAAGCUCAAGCAAAUGCAACAAUGAUAAUGCUAAAUAUAAUAUUGCAAACACUAGCUAUAAACACGCGGGGGUGCCUGCAACUCUAUUGGCUAACUCAACAAGCUACAAUCCAUCCAAAAGUCAAUUAAUGACACCAAGGUUCCACAACAAAGUGAAGCAACCGACAUUGGUAUACACCCCUCAUGGCUACGAAAAAGUUGAAUUGACUCUGUCAUCAUCCGACGACGAAAUUGAUUACACAAUCACCAUGGAAGAGAUAAAGCCAGCACUCCCAGAAAAACCAUCUUCACCCAAAAGAUUAUCCAACCAACCACCACCAGUGGCCCACAAUAAUAUAAAAUCCCUGAAGAUUGCUUUCGCCAAUAAAGAAGCAGACGAGCUUAGUGUCAUCGAGGAAAUGUCGCAUGCAGGAUCAAGAUCCUCGAGCAUUCAAAACCGCAACAUUUCUCUGGAACUGAAGAAAUAUUCAACACACAAAAAGAGCCCCAGUAAAAUACUACCUCCAUUACCUUCAUUGUCAUCGAAACCAAACAAGAAUACAAAACAAGAACAACAAGAAAAGCAGGAACAGCAGGAACAGCAGGAACAGCAACAACACAUGCUACUGUUACUGUCACCCGUGUCCACCACGACGACAAAAUCAUCAACUUUCGUGGCAAAUGAAACAUUAAAACCCGCUGUAGUUAUCAAUCCCAAUAGCUCAGACACAAAACAUGGCAGAACUUCUCGGUUAAACUCAAGCUUCAGUCUUAGCCCUAGUCCCACUACAGAAUUGCUUGCAACUUCAGGUAAGAAUAUAGGUUCCAGCACAAAUUCAAGCCCAUUCUCAAAUUCCGACCCAUUUGGCCCAAGUUCAAAAGCACAACAAAAUACUUCAAGAUUGUCUAAACAAUACGAUUCUCAACAAACGAGAGGCAGAUUUUUCAGCGAUGAAUCUCACGUCUCAUCGGUUAGCUCAUUUAGCUCUGCGGGCGACUUUGGAAAUUUCCUUCGACAUCAAGCUAAAGCUACUACAAAUUUGCGUCAAAAUCAUGGACACAUGCAACCAUCGAAUUUGAGCGCAGUACUCGAAAAACCUCUACCAAUUGGUACUGCAAGCGGGAAAGUUUUGCAACAACGCUUAGUCUCUAACUCGAGCGAGGCUCCCUCUACAGCAGAUAGUGAAUGCAGUUGGAACUCUUUACAACGAUCGAUAGACAUAUCUUUAAGCAGAGAGACAACUUCGUCGCCAUCAAGAAAACUUUAUAAUAACCCUAGCAAAAAUGAAGCAAAUAUACCAAAACCACAGAAUCGAACUGAACCUAAAAAUGAUAAACGUCUGGGACGAGAUUAUCAAGGUACAUUAAUAGCCGAAAAAGAGGCACAAGAUGACGAGGAGUACCUCUGGACUGAUGCUAGUGAGUCUGAAGUUGAAUUUGCACGAGCUGCUACUGCCCCAUUGAAAUUGACAAGAAAAAUACCAUCAUUUGAGAAUCAAGUUUCUACAGAUGAAAGGGCAACGAGUAGUCCGGAAAAGUCGAAGAAUAUUGAAAUCCAAUCCCAAAAUGAAAAGAAGAAAGAAAAAGAGGAAGACGAGAAAGAAGAGGAGGAUAAAGAAGAAGGAGAGGGCAUGUCCUACAGCUUUCCCAACAACUCGCUCAACAUUACCAACAACAAAGAACUUCGAAACAGGAAUAUUGAUGAUGAAACACGCAGUUAUGCUUCAAGACAAAGCAUAUUUUCCAAUGGUCAAAUUCUGAUCCCUGAUUUAUCGAACAAGUCCAUUAUGAUGGAACAACUUUCAUCGAAAGCACCUUCAUCAUACAAUGAGACAUUAUUCUCAGAGAGACACACAGAAACUUCCGUAUCUGAAUUCGGAGAGCCACACCCACAACAAGGACAUUUUAGGGUCCCGAGUAAAGCAGCUUUAGAUCAUUUGAUGAGCCAAGUAAAGCUUCACACCACCACCGAUACUGAUAAGAACAACAACAACAACAACAACAACAACAAUGAGAAUAGUGAACUUGAUUCAGACGAGGAUACGGAUUUCUAUAAACCUUCUUUUGAGAACCAACAAAUUAAAAGAGCUCCAAGCUUGAACAGGUCUCCCGUGCGCCACAGACGUGGUAAAUCUAUGCAUUCCAUUAAUUUCCCCGUGAACCAAGAAUUAUCUAUUAACAAUUGUUCUGCUAGCGCAAUGGCUCAACAUAAUAGGUCAAAGUCGGCUGAUUUAUUGAAUAUUGCAGCAAUGCGUAGAAGUCACCAAAGAACAAACUCGUUUGAUGCUCUAACCAAAAUUAAAUCCAUGCAGUUGCAAGGUCAGCAGGGGCCAAAGAAUAAUAUAGAAAAUUGUGAUAAACAAGCUCAAAUAAGCUGUGAAGAGCAAAGCCAAAUCAAUUCCGAGAAAGCCGAGGCUGUUGCUGAGGUAAUGAAUAUCAAGGUCACUGAACCUCCUAAGGCUGUGAACUAUGCAGUUGACUUUAAAGAAAGCCAUUUGAAAGAUGACGAUUUUGGCAAUUUAUAUGCUCCACCUGAUGUACGUGUGCAACCCCGAUCAAGUAACAAGUCCCGUGGAUUAAUUAUGGGUAAAACUAAGAACAGAAGUCGGGUCAAAGCAUCAAAAGUGCGUGGAUUGGCGGAUAAUGAGAACCUUUCUGAAACCGAAAGUAUUGUUAUUGAUUUAACAGACGAGAAGGUUUUUAAGUAUACAAUCCAAAGAAAAGAUUCAACAAUUUCCUAUAGAUCAACCACGGAAAAUUUGAACGGUAAAGAGGUUGAAGUGGUUUUGGUAGACGACGAUGAAGAAGAUGACAACAACAACAACAGCAAUGAAAGUAAAAGUGUUACCACUGCGGUCAAGUGUAGAGAGAAUGGUAAAAUUAGGGUUGAAAAAGCGAAGGAAAAAGAAAUAGGAGAAGCAGAAGUAGAUGCAGAAGACGACGACGAUGAAUUUGACUUGUCAAGUUUGUACUCAAAAUAUAGGAACAACACAUGGUUAUUUGGCCGCGAUCCUCAAAGCUCAAGGUUACCACUAUCCACUAAUACAACAGCAUGCUCAAAACAAUAUGACCCGAAACUGAACGGGAAAGAUACUGUUUCGAGCAAGAAAUUUAUUUUUAAAGGACUGCCUCGGGUGGAAGGUGAUAAUAAAAUGAACUUUGCAAAAAAAGAAUCACGAAAAAACGUUGAUAAUCGAAAACUAAGUUCUUCAGUGAAGGAAAAUAAAACAAAGAUCACGACAUUAUCAGAGUUACCACCCCGGUCGCUAGAUGUUUCGAGCUCAACGCAACAGAAUCGCCGCGUCAAACGGUCAAAUACAACAUCUUCUGCAACGGCCUCGGCCAUGCUGAGGAGUGUCCCCGAAAGACCUCUUUUAGACAAGAGGUUUAGCACUUCGAAUAUGGAGGAUUUAUAUUUUGACUACACGAAAGAUGGCAACUACAAUUUUGAAUCAUUUUUAAAAGAGUUGACAGCUCCCAAAUUAUAG